AUGAAGCUACAGCAACUGCAAUACGCUGUACAAAACGAAUACACAAUACCUUAUCUUCCUCAUGUGUUUUACAUCGUGAUGUUAUUAUUAUUGGGUCUACUGAUACCUUUGAACGGUAAACCCUUGCGUCUAUACUUUCCAAACCAGCUAAUUCCAACUAUUCGGGACUCGGUAGUUGCCUUGGUUGGGUCGGAUGUGGUCACGACUUUAAAGAUUGAUCCUACUAUUGACAACCCGUGGUGGAUGCCUCGCAAUUGGCCCAGCAUGUUUCGCCCUCCAAUCUCUCAGAAAUGUCAGCCAGCGUCUAUCACAGACGAUAUGAAUCUUCGUACCAAUUCGUCCAUGCCUCUGUUUAAGUAUGUUCUCCAACGUGCAUAUCGCGAUAAGGCAGAGCACGACGAUCCAACUAACCGAAUAUAUCCCGCGUUAUAUCUGGCGAACAAACUCUCUAACUGUGAAAUUCAUGCAAUCACUUGGCGAGUGGAGAUCCCAGCUGCGCUUAUGCGAUACCAGACUAAGAUAUAUUGCUCUCUAGGAGGGGACAAGCCAUCCGACUCAGAAGUCCCAGACGAAAUGCAGUUCAUUAUGACGUACAACCUCGCUGACAAUCCUGACUUGGGUCCUGAUGACAUGGUCGAUUAUCUUUCAUACAAUGUCGUUCCCGAGCCAAAGGGUGUUCCCAGCCAUAACUAUAUUGUGAAUCCUGCCUUGGCAAGCCUCCCAGUCAGAUCUAAUUCCUCUACUAAUAUUCUUGGAGUGCUGGAUGGAAUGCACAUCGACCUCUCUGAAGCAAUUUGGUCUGAGUAUCGAAUUUGGAUGGCGAGACAGGAAAGCACACAAAAUACUUAUUUCGUCGAAUGGUCGGCGCAAAAAGGAAACCACUGCCGUCUGCCUGACAACUCUGACACUUACAACGGAACUUGUGGUGACAUAACAGACUAUAAUAGAUGGCUUCGCUCGUAUGGAACAACAAAUGACUAUGGCGCAAAUGAUACUUUUAUUCAACCAUUCAAGAUUACACUUAUCAAUUCAUUUAUUGCCCUUCGGGAUGCCAUCAUGAUCGACCUCGGGAAUAUCAUAGCAAACCUUUCUGGAAGUCUUCAGAUGGACACUGAUACCUUUUGGAACUUUUGUGGCUACUGGGGCUGCGUUAAUACAUCUUGGGCCGAGGCGCUCCAGGGCAUGCCCGAGAAUGCAUCACUCAAAGGCAUAUCCCUUCCUUACCGACCAGACGGCCCCUAUGCGCCAUCAGUGUUGAAGUUUAGAUACCUCUGCCCUACGUUUAAGCGCAAAUCCACUACUGCCUUGUUGGUUUCUGUGUUCGCUACAACGUUUACCAUAGUUGCUUCGCUGUAUACAUUAUUCGACUUGUAUAUGCCCAAGGCAGAAGCUCACUACCAGAAGCGAAAGCAAGCAUUUGCUCGAGCCAUUAAUCGUAAUCCCGAGGAUCAAGGCGAAGAAGAACACCUUGUUGGAGAACCCAUGGGCAGAACCAAUACGUUUGAUUCUUCCAAGACAUUGUAUGCACCCGUUUCACAGGCGGAAAAAGAAAAGGACGGGCGUUAUGAUUGA